ACUCAUCCAAGGAGUAUCCCGCCAUCCCGCGUUUAUAUACCCCACAAAGACACAACAAAAGCUGCAACACUUUAGGCCAAUAUCUACCCAAAGGUUGACGCAACAUCUCAUUCUAAAGCCAACCCGCCGCCACGCGCCGCAUCUACGCAAUAGCCACUGGACUUCAAGCAAGGCAUCUGACGACUACCACUACGUAAACGCUCACCAUGUGCCGGAAAGCCACCUGCACCACUUGCAACAAGGCCACCUGGUGGGGCUGCGGCAGCCACAUCGCGAGCGUCAUGGAUGCCAUCCCCGUCGCCGACCGCUGCGUCUGCGAGCCCAAGGUCGAGCGCGAGGGCAAGCAGUAUCCGCCCAUGGCCAAGCAGCCGGCGUGACUCAUAGGGCGGGUGGCUGCGCUGGUGCUCUGGGCGAGGGGGAAAAGGGCGGCCUGGUCGGCUGAAGGGGUUGUGGAGGAGGACUUGUGAAAUGGGGGAGCCGCGGAUGAUGAGUAACGAGUGACGAUGUGUGAUGAAGAUGGCGUGAAGGGGUAUGCGUCGCAGAACGGGGUCGAAGGGCCCGGGAUGGUGUUUGUGGUGUUGACAGGUUGGCAUGUAGACUACCAACUCGUGGUCUCUUUACAUCGGUUGUGAUAAACUACCGUACUGCAUUUUACUUGCGCCAUGCUAUAUUGUGCG